GGAUGGUGGCAUUGGGCUUAUGGCUGGGGCUCCUUUCACUCCCUCCUUCUUGUUACUGAGGGGAAGGGUCACCAGUGGAUCCUUCGGCGCCACUCCAAACCACGGGUUCCCGCAAUCUGAGGCGAAACGGGGUGCGCUCCGGCCCGGGGCCGCUUUGCAGGGAUUACACAGGCACAUUGGAAGUUGUUGACAGCUGUAUCCACCCCUUGUCGAAUACAUCCCAUUCUCCACACAUCCAGUGUGAGGUCCUUCCAGGUACAAGGUGGGCACCAUGGCCGAGAAAUUUGACUGCCACUACUGCAGGGAUCCCCUGCAGGGGAAGAAGUACGUGGAAAAGGAUGGCCACCACUGCUGCCUGAAGUGCUUUGACAAGUUCUGCGCCAACACCUGUGUCGACUGCCGCAAGCCUAUCGGUGCGGACUCCAAGGAGGUGCACUAUAAGAAUCGCUACUGGCAUGACACCUGCUUCCGCUGUGCCAAGUGCCUUCACCCCUUGGCCAAUGAGACCUUUGUGGCCAAGGACAACAAGAUCCUGUGCAACAAGUGCACCACACGGGAGGACUCCCUCAAGUGCAAGGGCUGCUUCAAGCAAAUCGUGGCAGGAGAUCAGAACGUGGAGUACAAGGGGACCGUCUGGCACAAAGACUGCUUCACCUGCAGCAACUGCAAGCAAGUCAUCGGGACUGGAAGCUUCUUCCCUAAGGGGGAAGACUUCUACUGCUCAACUUGCCACGAGGCCAAAUUUGCCAAGCAUUGCGUGAAGUGCAACAAGGCCAUCACAUCUGGAGGAAUCACUUACCAGGAUCAGCCCUGGCAUGCCGAGUGCUUUGUGUGUGUUACCUGCUCUAAGAAGCUGGCUGGGCAGCGUUUCACCGCUGUGGAGGACCAGUAUUACUGCGUGGAUUGCUACAAGAACUUUGUGGCCAAGAAGUGUGCUGGAUGCAAGAACCCCAUCACUGGGAAAAGGACUGUGUCAAGAGUGAGCCACCCAGUCUCUAAAGCUAGGAAGCCCCCAGUGUGCCACGGGAAACGCUUGCCUCUCACCCUGUUUCCCAGCGCCAACCUCCGGGGCAGGCAUCCGGGUGGAGAGAGGACUUGUCCCUCGUGGGUGGUGGUUCUUUAUAGAAAAAAUCGAAGCUUAGCAGCUCCUCGAGGCCCGGGUUUGGUAAAGGCUCCAGUGUGGUGGCCUAUGAAGGACAAUCCUGGCACGACUACUGCUUCCACUGCAAAAAAUGCUCCAUGAACCUGGCCAACAAGCGCUUUGUUUUCCAUCAGGAGCAAGUGUAUUGCCCUGACUGUGCCAAAAAGCUGUAAAGUGACAGGGGCUCCUGUCCUGUAAAAUGGAA